AUUGGUGCUUCCAGCGUAGAAAAUAAUAAUAAAUAAAAAUUAUUUAUGCACUCCAGCUUCUAGCAACACAUUCAAGGAGAACGAGAAACCUAGAUUCUAGAUCAGAUAGCCGAAGAAAAGAAAAAUCCAAUCCCUUGUUUCUCUUUUCAUUUUUGACCCAAAUUGAGGCCACCCAUCCUUACAAAUUCAGAUCCCUUUCUAAUUUCAGGUCAGUUUUUCUACUCUGUUCUUCGAGUAUUCUUGGAUUUUUGAUUCAUUUCGUCGCUUCACUGCCUUCACUUUCUUGCUCUCAAUAACUUAAUUUGGAGAAUUACUUGUCGUUUGAAGAGGAAUUCAAAUCGGGGUUUCCUCGAAAUUCAAUUCCAUUUCCAUUUUCUUUGCUUAUUUGAGUCAUUUAGACCUUUUCUUGCUAUGGGGAGGGGAUUUUAGAAUUACAGUGGGAUUGGGUUGCGUUGGGUUCCUUUCUUCUGCUGAUUUCAUUUCUUAAAGAUGGGUGAAAAAUUUUGGGCUAGUGAAGAAACGAGAGUUGUGGUGGAAUCAAUUGUUGGCAGUGAAGCUUGUGAGUUCUUGAUUUCAUUGGCAUCUAUCAAUAUCUUACCGCAAGACUCCUUGCAAUUUUCUCUUGGUGAUUCAAGUGUGAAUCAAGGGUUAAGCCAAGUUUUGGAUGGUUCAAGUUGGAAUUAUGCAAUCUUUUGGCGUGUGGUUACCUUGAAAUCUGGGGCUUUGGCUUUGAUUUGGGGUGAUGGGAACUGUAACGAUUCAAAGAUUGAGAUUGGAAUUUCUAGUGUGGAUGUUCAAGGAGGGAAGAAAGAGGAAUUGAAGACGCAAGUGCUUCAAAUGCUUCAAUCUUCAUUUGGUCGGUCUGAUGAAGAUGGAUAUGGAGCAAGGAGAGAUGAAGCAUCGGAUAUCGAGAUGCUUUACUUAACUUCCAAGUAUUACAAGUUUAUGUGCGACUCUGGGAGCAGUCUUGGGGAGUCCUACAAAUCCGGUAAGUCUAUAUGGGCUUCAGAUGUAACGAGUUGUUUGCGUAAUUACCAAUCGAGAGGUUUUCUAGCUAAAGUGGCUGGUUUCCAGACAUUGGUGUUUGUACCAGUGAAGUUGGGAGUUGUUGAACUUGGAUCUACUAAAUCAAUUCCUGAAGAUCAGGGUGUUCUAGAGUUGGUUAGAGCUUCCUUUGGGGGAUCAAUUACUGCCCAAUUGAAGGCAUUUCCAAGGAUCUUUGGACACGAACUAAGUUUAGGUGGAACAAAACCUCGAUCGCUUAGUAUUAAUUUUUCACCGAAGUUGGAAGAUGAUACUAAUUUUUCAUCAGAAGGUUAUGAGCUGCAAGGUUUAGGUGGUAAUCAUAUAUUUGGGAACUCUUCAAACGGUUGCCGAGGUGAUGAUAAUGAUGCAAAAAUGUUUCCACAUGGAAACCAAGAAGUUGUGGGGGGUUUCAAUGCUCAAACAAGGCUUUCGACUAUGGAGUUCCCGAGGGAUGAGUCGUCUCCUCAAGGAGAUGAUAGAAAACCUAGAAAGAGAGGGAGAAAACCUGCUAAUGGGAGAGAAGAACCGUUGAAUCAUGUGGAAGCUGAGCGACAGAGACGUGAGAAACUUAACCAACGAUUCUAUGCAUUAAGAGCUGUUGUCCCAAAUAUCUCUAAGAUGGACAAGGCUUCUCUGCUUGGCGAUGCUAUUACCUAUAUUACUGAUCUCCAAAUGAAAAUCAAGGUUAUGGAGACUGAAAAACAAAUCGCCAGUGGCAGGGAGAAAAACACAGAGAUCGAUUUUCACGCAAGAGAAGAGGAUGCUGUUGUGAGGGUGAGUUGUCCAUUGGACUUGCACCCUGUUUCUAAAGUAAUCAAAACAUUUAGGGAACAUCAAAUUGAAGCUCAAGAAUCUAACGUCACAACCAGCACUGACAAUGACAAAGUUAUUCACUCGUUCUUCAUUAGAACUGAAGGUGGUGCUGCAGAACAAUUGAAGGAGAAGCUGGUGGCUGCCCUAUCAAAAUGAUGUUAUAUGUAAAGUACCACUUCUAUAAAUAUAUAGAGCGAAGGCUUCACAUGUUGAUUUUCACGUUGUUCUAUAUGACUAGUUUAUAUACUUUGUUGUAUUAAAAUGUGGAAAUUGCCUUUUAGUGAAGUUUGUAAAAGCCAAAUUACAUUCUUCCUCUGUUUGUUUAUAGUAUCUAGAUGUGCCAUGUUCUGUAUUGGAUUGAUAAUUAAUAUAAGUUAAAACAUCAGUUAUUAAUUGAACUAUGUUUAAACCUUCA